ACCAUCCUCGAUCUUCGAAAUCAUGUUCUCUCUCUAUAAAUACACAUAAAUCGUUGCUGUUCUUCAUCUAUGUUCUCUGCAUUUCUUUCUGAUUUCUCUUCAAUUUGACGUAGGUCUUCUUGGGUCCGGUGUGUUUGAUUGAAGGGUAUUUGGGUGCAGAAGAUUUAGAGAGAGAGAGAGAGAGAGAGAAGAAAUGGGGAGGCUGUUUGUGCUGACUCUUGAGGGCAAGAUCUAUAGCUGCAAGCACUGCCGAACCCAUCUAGCUCUCUGUGAAGACAUCGUUUCCAAGUCCUUCCACUGCAGGCAUGGGAAGGCAUAUCUCUUCAGUAAGGCAGUGAAUGUCACUGUUGGUGAGACGGAAGAAAGAAUGAUGACAACUGGAUUGCACACUGUUGCUGACAUUUUCUGCGUAGGGUGCGGAUCAAUUGUGGGAUGGAAAUAUGAGACUGCCCAUGAGAAGGGCCAGAAGUACAAGGAAGGAAAAUCUGUUCUUGAGCGGUAUAAGAUUUCAGGCCCCGAUGGAAGCAACUACUGGGUCAGCCAUGAAGCACAUGUGGGCGGAAGUGAUGCAGAUGAUGUUUGAUUAUGCUUUCGUUCCAAUUUGUGCAUUCUUAAUCCCCCAGUUUCCUUUAUUUGACUUGUGGAUUGCUGAAUUGGUAAUUUCUCAUUUCGGCAGCUUAGCUUCACUUAGUUGCCGAAAUAACAAGUACCAAAACCUACAUUGUUCAUACUGAUUUACUGAACAUACAAACUUAUGCUAAAACAUUUAUUCUUCUAAUUUUAGUGUACAAUGUUUGCAUGAAA